AUUUAAGUGUCCGGGCCGGAGAAGGCUCGCCACUUUGUAUCAUUGCUUCAAGCUCCGAUGUCAAUCCUUGUCCUCUCUUGACAGUCAACGUCAACCACGAAGCUGUCUGCUCCCCGCUUGACAAGCUUGAACUUUUGAAUAUUUUAUCGUGUUUAUUGCACGUUAUUCGAUGUUGGCCAGCCCAGCGACCCUAGCCCUUCUGACACUUUCACUGCAUGGUGACAUCCUCUGCAAUUUCCCUGCCCUGCCCCAAUUUCCGCUAGCCCCGCGAUAUAUACACCUGCCUACUAAGCAUCUGACUCAGCAUUCCCCGUUCGUCUCGCUAUAUAGCCUCCUGACCAGGCUUACUCGACGGUCUUGAGAUUAUAUCAUAUACAUUAUGUCUUCCCAGGUCUAAUUUCCCCAACUCCCACAUAUCAAUGUCUCCCAUUCGUAUUGGUUUUAUCGGUCUUUCAGCACAAGGUUGGGCAUCAACUACGCUUGCCCCGCCUCUGCUUGAAGAGCCGCUAUCGUCCCAGUACCAGCUCACUGCAGUCUCUACUUCAAACCCAGCUUCUGCUGAAGCUACUGCAGCGAAAUACACGUCUCUUUCAGGCAACCCAAUCAAACCAUACCAUGGUUCUCCGGAACACAUUGUAUCCGAUCCAAACGUGGAUCUCGUAGCCGUGUCCGUAAAGGUGACCCAUCAUCUCGAAAACGCAUUAAAAGUUAUAGAUGGAGGAAAGGACCUCUUCUUGGAGUGGCCUGCUGGGAAUGGUCUGAAGGAAACAUCAGCACUAGCUAGUGCUGCGAAGGAAAAGGGCGUCAGAACUAUUGUAGGAUUGCAGGGAAGAAUGGAUCCUGUCUUUCGAAAGGUGAAAGCUAUUAUUGACUCUGGAGAGAUAGGUCGAAUUUUGUCGACGUCCUUGACUACAAGGACGUUUCCAGGAUUCAAUAUGUGGGGUCCUUACGUGUCGAGUACCAUGGCGUUCUACGGUGUGAACUCGAAUGGGGGUACACUUCUCGAUACCGGAGGCGGCCAUAUCUUGGAUACACUGACCUACGUACUCGGACCCGUUGCCAACGUUUCGGCAACGCUGAGUACUCAGUACCCUAUUGCUGAAGUCGUUGACGAGAACGGGAAGCCAACCGGCGAAACCAUCGGACAAGAUGCCGCCUCUCAGGUGGCCAUUUCUGGAGUCUUGACCAAUGGGGCCGUCAUGAGUGUUCACAUGCGCGGUGGGUUGAAGACAAAAGCGGAUGGAAAAGCGGGUACACCACUGCUCUGGGUCAUAGACGGUGAGAAAGGAAGCAUCCGAAUGGAGAGCGACAACCCUAUGGCUUCUGCGGUAUCGUUGAUGACUCCUACCGCGCUAUAUGUGAAUGGAGAAGAGGUCAAGGUUGAAGGAAACGGUCUGACCAAUGUACGGAGGGCUUGGGAGGCCUAUGCAAAGGGAGAAGGUUAUGCAGAUUUGGAGGCGGCUCUCAAGACAAAAACUCUGAUUGACGCCAUUCAGCGCAGUGCGAAGGAAGGGCGUAGAGUCGAUCUGUAAUUGUCUACUUUUUAAAUACUCAUCAUAAAGACAAGUUGAAGAAUAAUCUUCAAGUUGUACCGAACGAAAUAUAUACGUCCUACCGGCAGCUAGUUGACCGUAUGGCUUAAGGAAGGGCGGG